UUUUGAGGGAGAAAAAAAAAAAAUCAACCUCUCUGCAACCAUGACCACUUUUGACGACAUCUUGGAGGAAGCUGGCAAGUUUGGCCGCUGUCAGAAGCGAAUCUUCGCCCUGCUGUGCAUGGUGUCCAUGCCGUGGGCGGGCGUGUACGUCGGCAUUGUCUUCCAGGGUUUCACCCCGGACCACUGGUGUCGGGACUCUGCGGUGGUGGAGAGGAGGCAGGCGUGCGUCUGGACGCUGGAAAACAGUCGCAGGCUGACGGUGCCGCUGGUCAACAACUCCGGAGUGCUGCAGCAGAGCAGCUGUAAGCAGUACGAGGUGGACUGGAACACCACAACCCUCACCUGUGACACACAGGACCUGAACCUCAGCGGAAUCCCCACAACCCACUGCAAAGAAGGCUGGGAGUACGACUACGAGGGAAGGCAGUCCUUUGUGACUGAGUUUGACCUGGUGUGCGCAGAUGGAUGGCUGGUGGACAUGUACCAGGCCACUCUCAACGUGGGCUUCCUGGUUGGGAGUAUUGCUAUUGGCUACCUGGCCGACAGGUUUGGCAGGAAAAUGAGUUUCCUGAUGUCCAACCUGCUGAAUGGGAUUGCAGGGAUCCUGGUGGCCGUGGCUCCAAACUACGUGUCUUUACUGGUUUUCAGAACGCUGUACGGGUUUGGGGUGAAAGGAGGCUGGGUGGCUGGAUACGUGCUGAUCACGGAGAUCGUAGGGGUGGAGUUCAGGCGCACGGUGGGAGUCAUUUAUCAGAUGUUCUUCAGCGUCGGCAUCCUCAUCCUCCCUCUGCUCGCCUACUUCAUCACCGACUGGCGUUGGCUGCAGGUCGUCAUCACCGUCCCCUACAUCCUCUUCCUGUCCUACUACUGGUUUAUCCCCGAAUCUCCAAGAUGGCUUCUCUCUCAGAACAAAAAGUCCAAAGCUGUGGAGAUCACCGAGGCCAUGGCCAAAGAGAACAAGAUGUCCCUGUCCAAGAACAUCGAGACUCUGGCAGACGAUAACGCAGACUCCACCACCACCGCCUCCUUCAUGGACCUGAUCAGGACUCCAAAAAUGAGAAAACACACUUUCAUUCUCAGCUACAACUGGUUCACCAGCGCUGUGGUCUACCAGGGUUUGAUCAUGAGGCUGGGUAUUCUGGGAGGAAACGUCUACAUCGAUUUCCUCAUCUCCGGCCUGGUGGAGUUCCCCGCUGCCUUCCUCAUCCUCUUCACUAUUGAACGCAUUGGCAGACGCCUUCCCUUCGCCACCGCCAACUUCGUGGCUGGAGCCUCCUGCUUCAUCACUGCCUUCAUUCCUGACAGCAUGUUCUGGUUCAAGACGGUGGUGGCCUGCAUCGGUCGGCUGGGGAUCACCAUGGCCUUUGAGAUGGUGGUGUUUGUUAACACUGAGCUCUACCCAACGUUUGUCAGGAACCUCGGGGUGUCAGUCUGUUCCACUCUGUGUGAUGUUGGAGGCAUCGUAGCUCCUUUCCUGCUCUACAGACUGGCUGUCAUCUGGCUGGAGCUGCCACUCAUCAUCUUCGGGUCUCUGGCUUUCCUGGCUGGUGGUUUGGUGCUGCUGCUUCCUGAGACGAGGGGCGUGCCGCUGCCCGAGACCAUUGAUGACAUUGAGUUCCCAGACAAGUUGAAGGAGAAAACCACACUGAAGAACCAGCAGUUGACCAACCUGCUGCCCAACGACAUUUCGACCAACAGAGACUCAGCCGUGGUUUAAUCUCCUUCUGUUUCCAAAGUAUUUAUUUAUGUUGUUCAUCAGUGUUGCUUGUGGAUACAUUUGGUACCUCCUUUGAUUUUGGUUUUUGACUGAAUAGUAGUAGUUUUUCUGUGACCCUUGUCGCCCACAAAGAAUGGAGUGUUUAGACUCAGCUGCUGUUAUGUUUCUGUGUUAAGCCUCAGUGAUGUGAUGAGAUGAUGAAAAAUGUGUGUGUUAGUUGAAAGAGAGUGACGUAUGAACUCAUGUGACCUGUGCUAUGCUGUUAGAAUUAUUACAGAAUUUCUUUAUUAAAUUAUUCUUUUAACACAA